AUGGAUGAAAACAGGGCACCAGAUACAUACUUCGUGUAUAUUUAUUCCAAUGGUGAAGUGAAAGAUGGCAAGCCAUUUCAUGUGAUCAGCUCCUGUCGGCUGGACAUCUAUACCUUUCCUUUCGAUGUUCAAAACUGCACGUACACCUUCAACUCUUACAAGCACGAUAUUCAGGAUGUUCGCCUGUCCUUCUUUAAACCUGUGAAGGAAAUAUUCAUGGAGUCGGUUUCAGUCAUGGCAACUAAAGGAGAGUGGGAACUAAUAAAUUUGCUUGGAGAAAAACCUGAACACAUGUAUGACGAUGGAGGAUGGGAUGAACUCAUUAUUCAUGUUGUCCUGAGACGUCGUGCUGCGCUGUAUGUGGUCAACCUCGUGGUUCCCAGCUGUUUCCUGCUUUCAUUGGAUCUGUUUAGUUUUCUUUUGCCUCCUCAGGAUGUAGAUCGCUCAUCCUUCAAAAUGACUCUCAUCCUGGGAUACACCGUGUUUCUGCUGUUAAUGAACGAUCUGCUGCCCGUCACAGGAAACACCUUACCUCUCAUAAGUUUGUUUUAA